AUGCCAAAGUGUUGCCACGGCAACAUUUUUUUAUGUUGAGCAAAAUUUAAAAAAAUGUUUUUACAUGUUUUUAAAAGCUUUAUAUGAAUUCUUAGUUUAUAUUAUUAUAUUAUUUUGUGUUUCUAUUAUUAUUUGUGGUAGCAGUGCUAAAAUGGGAAUCAUGAACAUGUAUACAUAAUUUCUGUUUUGUUAUUUUGCUUUAGAUAAAAUAUGUGGCCUAAAUAAAAAAUAUAUACCAACCUCAUCAUAAUGAAAGUCAAAUCAGAGAUAACAUAUUUAAAGACUGUCUUUCCGAAAACCCAUGAUGUUUUACGAAUUAUAUCAGGAACAGUGGAUGAUUUGACUUGCUCCUUUACAGACAACAGUUCUAAAAAGCACACUAUAUUAUGCAAUAUCACGCAUGAAUACCCUGUUAUCUCUCCAAUAUGGUUUUCUGAAUCUGAAGAGUCAUACAUUGUUGACAUCAUUGAAAAGGUUAAUGCUGUGAAAAGUGAUAAACACUUGUUACUGAACAUGGUGAAGUCACUGGCAAUAGAAUUGUUCAAAUUAAGACAGCAAGCCACACCAAGUGAAAUAAUGAAUAUGGCUGUUCCUGAGUCCACAGAAGUUGAAGAAGAUGAUGUCGAUGUGGAUAUGGAUGAAGAUGAAGGAAUUGAAGAUGAACAAGAUGACUUUUACAUUGAUGACCAUUUGAAUUUUGAUGAGGAGCCAACUAGUGAAGAACGCAAAGAAAAAGAAGAAAUUGGAAGCGAUAAUUUCACACAGUUGCAGAAACUACGCGUUACCCAGAGACAGGAAUAUUUAACGGGUCGAGUGAGUGGAUCAGUACAAGCGACAGAUAGGUUGAUGAAAGAGUUAAAAAAUAUAUACGCAUCAGAAAAUUUUAAAGCAAAACUGUAUACGAUAGAAUUAAAAGAAGACAGUAAUUUAUAUGAUUGGUAUGUGAAACUGAGAGGGUUUGAUAAAGAAAGCAGUUUAUACAAAGACCUUCAAACACUUUAUAAAAAAGAUUCUAAAACAGACCACAUAUGUCUUAAUAUAACUUUUACUGAUCGCUUUCCAAUGCAACCACCUUUUAUUCGUAUCUGCUACCCUGUUAUAUUUGGCGGAUACGUUUUAAGUGGUGGUGCCAUCUGUAUGGAGUUGCUAACACCUCAGGGAUGGAGCAGUGCUUACAGUGUCGAGGCUGUCAUCAUGCAGUUGUCAGCUACCCUGGUGAAAGGGAAAGCAAGGGUUGAUUUCGCUGGCACAACCAAGGUUAAUCAUGUAUAUUCUUGGACGAAAGCUCAAUCGGCGUACAAAACACUCGUUCAAAUACACGAAAAAAGUGGUUGGUUUACACCACCAAAAGAUGAAGGCUGAUCGCACUCGUUUUCUUCUUUGUUCUGUUUCCUAUUAAUUAUUAUUUUUUUUAAACUACCGAAAAACUUUAAAAAAUUUCCUUUAGAAUAUAUUUUUAAUAUGUCGCAUAUGCUGCAGGGGGUAAAAUAGGUAACGUGUGAGAACCACGACAUAGAAAUAGUUUCAUAGUUUAAGAGUGACGAGCAAAUUUAUUUUGUAAAUUUUAGAAGUAAGUAAUUUGGGUUUCCAUCAAUUUUCUAAUGUCUUUCUUUUCUUUUUUUCCCUUUCUAAAAAUGAGAUGUAAGGUAGAAAAGUUGAAGAUUCACACAGCGAAUUUUAUGAAAUAAACAGGAAUUGUUUUUCACUAUGCAAAUGUCUGUUGAAGCUCACUGAAUUUAUAUUCUAUAAUUUAGUGGACAUAAUUGUAUAGCACCUAUAUCCUGCCAGGACUCUUGUUUUCAUCUGUCCCAAGUCUUUUUGAAUGAUAAGUUUCCUGUUCAGGUUCUAAACUUUGCAUGCGUUUUGUAAAUGCUUUUGCGAACUAACACAGCCACACAAUCAAAUCAGAGGUACCCUAAAGAAAAUUUAUUUUCGUAACCGUUUAUUCUCGUCUAAUCAGGUUAUUUGAGUAACAUAAACUGUUUCAUGUUGUUGUUUUUUGUAAAUAUUGUGUUAUUUUAAAUAUAUGACUGCUCGAUCUAAAAGAGUUUACACUUAUUG